CGCGGCAACCGCUUCCUGUUGUCAGUCGUCCGGAGGCCGCAGCGUCCGGUCGGAGGCUUAGGGGUUGCAGCGGCCGGGAGUGCCCCCGACCCCCUCCCCACUCCGUUUGAAGUGAAAUUGGACGUUUAUAGAAGCCCAGGCAGUAUAAUAAAGACAAGCAACCAGAACAAUUCCUUCCUGUGUGUUGGAACAUUUAAGAAAGGACAGCUGUGAAACCUGUGUACCAUGGAAAGGACCUGGCCUCAGCUGGUUGGGACUACAGACCUGAUGGGUGUCAUGUGAUUCUUCUGGGGAGCUGCUGCUUGAGUGGAAAUGCUCUCAGCGGUGGAGAAUGGACUGGACCCCCGGGCUGCCAUCCCGGUCAUCAAGAAGAAGCUAGUGGGCUCCGUGAAGGCACUGCAGAAGCAGUACGUGUCCUUGGACACAGCAGUCACAAGCGAAGACGGAGAUGCCAACAGCAUGUGCAGCGCCCUGGAAGCCGUCUUCAUCCACGGCCUGCACACCAAGCACAUCCGAGCCGAGGCCGGAGGGAAAAGGAAGAAAAGUGCCCACCAGAAGCCUCUGCCUCAGCCCGUCUUCUGGCCCCUCCUGAAAGCUGUCACCCACAACACGUGCGUUCUCCGCCUUCCCAGACACAUCAUCUCGGAAUUGGAGCACCUGAUCUUUGUGAGCACGGACGUGGGCCGCUGCCGGGCCUGGCUGCGGCUGGCCCUCAAUGACGGCCUGAUGGAGUGCUACCUGAAGCUGCUGCUGCAGGAGCAGGCCCGCUUGUGCGAGUACUACCAGCCCACGGCCCUGCUCCGGGACGCCGAGGAGGGCGAGUUCCUCCUGAGCUUCCUGCAGGGCCUGACGUCCCUGUCCUUCGAGCUCUCCUACAAGUCUGCCAUCCUAAACGAGUGGACGCUCACCCCGCUGGCCCUCUCCGGGCUCUGCCCGCUCUCGGAGCUCGACCCCCUCACUACCUCUGGAGCGGAACUACAGCGGAAGGAGUCUCUGGAUUCCAUCUCCCAUUCCUCAGGCUCGGAGGACAUCGAGGUCCAGCACUCGGGCCAUAAGAUCCGACGGAACAGGGGGCUCACGGCCUCCUCCCUCAGUCUGGACACGGCUAGUUCGUCCCAGCUCUCUUGCAGCCUCAACUCUGACAGCUGCCUGCUCCAAGAGAAUGGCUCUAAGAGUCCAGACCGUUCCGAGGAGCCCAUGUCCUGCGACUCAGACCUGGGGACGGCAAAUGCUGACGAUUCAGACCUGUCUCUGCAAGAGGUGUUGUCGGAAUUCAGCAAAGCCCAGGUAAACUCUGUGCCAACCAACAGACUGAGCCAAGAAACGGAGGUUCCCCCACUGCAGGCCUUGCUCGCCCUCCGCGGCCUGGACACCAGCACACCCCUGCACUUUGAGGUACCUGCAGAGCCCCACCCCGCCCAAGCAUCCCCUGGGACUCGAGAUGGGGACCACAAGCAGGAGCCGCUUUCCCAGGCACCUGGCCCCCUGGGCUGGCCACAGCCGGCCAGUGCCCAAGCUGUCCCUCCGGGGAGCACUUCAGGCCAGCAGCCUCCUAGUCCUGUGAGGGAGGCGACCAGAGCAGUCGGCCAAGGAAGUGGCCAGAAGAAGCCUCUGGAGGAGGAUGGACCUUGGCUGAGCCUUGUGGUUCCCUCACCCACCAGUCCGAAAAACACGAGCUGGAUCUCAGAAGAUGACUUCUACCGGCCUCCCCAGGAACAGCCCGCGGAGAGUCCUUCCCAUGCUUCCGUGGCUUCUCCCAGAGGGACUCCAGAGCCAAGGCCUGGCCUCCUCUCGCAAGGACCAAGAAGAAGCUGUUCCAUGGAGGCCUUAGACAAAGCUUGCGUGCCUUCCCCAGGAAGCAGGAGAAGCAAGGCCACCCCGACGCCGGAGCAUAAGAACUUCAGGGUGGUGCAUCGCAGGCAGAUGGGGCUGUCUAACCCAUUCCGGGGGCUCCUGAAGCUGGGCACGGUGGAGCGGCGGGGGGCCAUGGGCAUCUGGAAGGAACUCUUCUGCGAGCUCUCCCCGCUGGAGCUGCGCCUCUACCUGAGCGGCGAGGAGCGCACCUGCGUGGAGAACUGCUCACUGCUGCGCUGUGAGUCCGUGGGGCCGGCCCACAGCGACGGCCGCUUCGAGCUGGUCUUCUCGGGCAAGAAGCUGACCCUGCGCUCCUCGUCCCGGGAUGAAGCCGAGGACUGGCUGGACCGUGUGCGCGAGGCGCUGCAGAAGUGCCGGCGGCCCCAGCAGGAGGAGGAGUGGGUGACCAUCCAGUACCCAGACCAGCCCGAGGACCCUCCAGAGGCCCCCCAGGGUGGCCGCCCCUCCCACUCGGACCUGCUCUCGGAGCCUGAAACCCCGCAGGGCCCGCAGUUUGACUGGUCUUCUUCCCAGGUUCCCGAGCCCGAUGCUAUUAAAGAAUCCCUUCUGUACCUGUACACAGACCGGACCUGGAUGCCCUAUAUCUUCUCCCUGUCCUUGGAGUCUCUGAAGUGCUUCCGCGUGAGAAACAAUGAGAAGAUGUUAAGUGACAGCCAUGGAGUCGAGACCAUCCGAGAUAUCCUGCCGGACACGAGCCUUGGGGGCCCAUCCUUCUUCAAAAUCAUCACGGCCAAGGCCAUCCUGAAGCUGCAGGCCGGGAACGCUGAGGAGGCCGCCCUGUGGAGGGACCUGGUGCGCAAGGUCCUGGCGUCCUACCUAGAGACGGCUGAGGAGGCAGUGACACUCGGUGGGAGUCUGGAUGAAAACUGUCAGGAGGUGCUGAAGUUCGCCACGCGGGAGAACGGCUUCCUGCUGCAGUACCUGGUGGCCAUCCCCACGGAGAAAGGCCUCGACUCCCAGGGCUGCUUCUGUGCAGGCUGCUCCCGGCAGAUCGGCUUCUCGUUUGUACGGCCCAAGCUCUGUGCCUUCUCUGGCCUCUAUUACUGUGACAUCUGCCAUCAAGACGAUGCCUCAGUGAUCCCGGCCAGGAUCAUCCACAACUGGGACCUCACCAAGCGCCCGGUCUGCAGGCAGGCCCUGAAGUUCCUGACGCAGAUCCGGGCCCAGCCCCUCAUCAACCUGCAGCUGGUGAACCCGUCUCUGUACGAGCACGUGGAGCGGAUGCACCUCAUCGGUAGGAGCCGGGAACAGCUGAAGCUCCUGGGGGAUUACCUGGGCCUGUGCCGAAGCGGAGCCCUGAAGGAGUUGAGCAAGAGGCUCAACCACAGGAAUUAUCUCUUGGAGUCUCCUCACAAGUACAGUGUCGCGGACCUCCAGCAGAUCGCGGACGGGGUGUAUGAAGGAUUCCUCAAGUCCCUGAUCGAAUUUGCCUCCCAGCACGUCUACCACUGCGACCUGUGCACCCAGCGCGGCUUCAUCUGCCAGAUCUGCCACCACCAUGACAUCAUCUUCCCCUUUGAGUUUGACACCACAGUCAGCUCCUGCUCCCCGAGGUCUCUCCAGCCUAGCUCUUUGAAGCCCCGCCCAAGGAGAUGGCAGGGACCUAACCUGCAUACAUCCGCCGGCUCCGCCCAGCCAGCCCAUGGGCUCCGUGAGGUCAGCCCUGCCGACGUGAGUGAGCGCGGGGGUCCAGCGGAAGGUGUGCGGUGCUCUUCCCGGCUCGGCGGCCCUGACCUCCGCGCCCCUCCUCCUCGUUGCCCACAGGGACACGCCGCGGCCGCGAUGGCGGCGGACGUCGAGGGGGACGUGUACGUGCUGGUGGAGCAUCCCUUCGAGUACACGGGCAAGGACGGGCGCCGCGUUGCCAUCCAGCCCAACGAGCGCUACCGACUGCUGCGCCGCAGCACGGAGCACUGGUGGCACGUGCGCAGCGAGCCCGGCGGCCGCCCCUUCUACCUGCCGGCGCAGUACGUGCGCGAGCUGCCGGCCCUCGGCCACCCUGCCCCCGCCCCACAGCCGCCCACGCGCCUUCCGGGACCCGCAGACUCCGAACCGGUCGCCUAUGACUACCGCUUCGUGAGAGCGUCGGCGCCCGCCGGUCCCGACGGCGCGCCCGCCGAGCCCCGGGGGCGCGCGGGCUCCAUGUGCGGCCUAGCUCGGCGCGGCGCAGCAACCCAGCGCCGAAGCCUGGCGCCCUGCCUGCCCUCCUGCCUGUACACGAGGCCCAUGGCACCUGUGCGGCCCGCGCAGUCUUUGGACGACCUGGCCCGCACCGCCGCGCCCCCUGCCGGUCUCCUCGGGAGCGGGGGCAGCUUCAAGGCCUGCAGCGUGGCGGGCUCGUGGGUGUGCCCGCGGCCCCUGGCGCGCAGCAACUCCGAAAACGUCUACGAGGCCAUCCAGGACGUGCGCGGCCAGCCGCUGGAGCAGCACCCGGAGCAGGUGGAUGACCUCCCAGAGCCCGUGUACGCGAACGUAGAGAGGCAGCCUCGGGCCACGUCGCCUGGCGCCGCCGCAGCCCACUGCCCCGGCUCGGUUUGGGAGACGCACACGGACGCGGGCACCGGGCGCCCCUACUACUACAACCCGGACACGGGCGUGACCACCUGGGAGUCGCCCUUCGAGGCUGCCGAGGGCGCCGCCAGCCCGGCCACGUCUCCGGCUUCGGUGGGCAGCCACGAGAGCCUCGAGACCGAGUGGGGCCAGUACUGGGAUGAGGAGAGCCGCAGGGUGUUCUUCUACAACCCGCUGACGGGCGAGACGGCCUGGGAGGACGAGUCCGAGGACCAGCCGGAGGACGAGCAGGAGAUGCAGCCUGGCCUCAGCCCCGGCAGCCCCAGGGACCGGAGGCCCCCCACUCCUGAGACGGACUACCCCGAGCUGCUGACCACUUACCCAGAGGAAGACUAUUCCCCCGUGGGCUCCUUCGGUGAGCCCGGCCCCGCCUCUCCCUUGGUCACACCCCCAGGCUGGUCUUGCCACGUGAGCCAGGAUGGGCAGACGCUGUACACUAACAACUUCACCCAAGAACAGUGGAUGAGGUUGGAGGACCAACACGGGAAGCCUUACUUCUACAAUCCGGAUGACGCCUCCGUUCAGUGGGAGCUGCCCCAGGUCCCUGUCCCUGCCCCUCGAAGCAUCCGCAAAUCCAGCCAGGACAAUGAGACCCCGGCCCAGGCCAGCCCACCUGAGGAGAAGAUCAAGACCCUGGACAAGGCAGGCGUGCUCCAUCGAACCAAGACGGUGGACAAAGGAAAGCGGCUCCGGAAGAAGAACUGGAGUGCCUCCUGGACAGUGCUGGAGGGCGGCAUCCUGACAUUCUUCAAGGACUCGAAGACCUCGACUGCAGGUGGCCUGAGGCAGCCUUCCAAGCUCUCCACCCCCGAGUACACGGUGGAGCUGAAGGGGGCCUCUCUCGCCUGGGCCCCCAAAGACAAAUCCAGCAAGAAGAAUGUGCUGGAGCUGCGGAGCCGAGAUGGCUCAGAGUACCUGAUCCAGCAUGACUCGGAGGCCAUCAUCAGCACCUGGCACAAGGCCAUCGCCCAGGGCAUCCAGGAGCUGUCCGCAGACCUGCCCCCCGAGGAGGAAAGUGAGAGCAGCAGCGUGGACUUUGGGUCGAGUGAGCGCCUAGGAAGCUGGCGGGAGGAUGAGGCACGGCCUGGUGCAGCCGUGCCCACCCCGGGGCCUGGAGGUCUGGAGAGUGACCUGAGCAGGGUCCGGCACAAGCUCCGCAAGUUCCUGCUGAGGCGGCCCACGCUGCAGUCGCUGCGGGAGAAGGGCUACAUCAGAGACCAGGUGUUCGGCUGCGCGCUGGCCGUGCUGUGUGAGCGCGAGAGGAGCCAGGUGCCGCGCUUCGUGCAGCAGUGCAUCCGCACCGUCGAGGCCCGGGGGCUGGACAUCGACGGUCUAUACCGCAUCAGUGGAAACCUGGCCACCAUCCAGAAGCUGCGCUAUAAGGUGGACCACGAUGAGCGUCUGGACCUGGACGACGGACGCUGGGAGGACGUCCACGUAAUCACCGGCGCCCUGAAGCUCUUCUUUCGAGAGCUGCCCGAGCCCCUCUUCCCCUUCUCGCACUUCCCCCAGUUCAUCGCGGCCAUCAAGCUGCAGGACCAGGCCCAGCGCAGCCGCUGUGUUCGGAACCUGGUGCGCUCGCUGCCCGCCCCCAACCACGACACGCUGCGGCUGCUCUUCCAGCACCUGUGCAGGGUGAUCGAGCACGGAGAACAGAACCGCAUGUCCGUGCAGAGCGUGGCCAUAGUGUUCGGGCCCACGCUGCUGCGGCCCGAGACAGAGGAAACCAGCAUGCCCAUGACCAUGGUGUUCCAGAACCAGGUGGUGGAGCUCAUCCUGCAGCAGUGCUCAGACGUCUUCCCGCCGCACUGACCGCGGGCCCGCACCCCUACCCCCGCUGCUGGCGCUGCGGACCUGGGAGUGGGGGCGGCGACAGUGGUCCUGCAUAGAAGCGGGGCGGCUGGAAGCCACGCGGCUGGACUCUGUCUCUGAGACCCUCCGCCUCCCACCAGUCCGCAGGCCGGUGCGAGUUCUGCACCUCUCGGUUCUGAGGGUAUGGUGACCCCUGGUGGGAAGUUCGCAAAAUGUGAUUUUUUUUUUUUUUUUUCUCUGAUUUGGCCUGUUUGGGGGUUAAUUGGGCUCUGUUCUUUAUCAUAGCGCCACCUACUGUGCGUGUGCGAGAAUGAGGGGUGGGGGGAGAGUUUUCUGGGACGGCCGCUGUUGCGAGGAGGAAUUUGGCCGAAGGGCUUCCUGGCUUCGUCAGGCCUGCACCUGGUGGAGGCCUUCAGGGAGACCCUGUGGGUCCCCGGCCCCGUGCAUGGCACUGUGCCCAUCAUGAAGCAGCAAGCGACAACCUCCCUGCUGCGGAAACAGGACUGAGCCGGGCCUCCAGCGGGCAACUGAAGCUGCCUUUCCCCAGGCCUCUGGACUGAAGCUCCUGCCAGGCCCAAUCACUGGCUGGCUGUAGACCCUCUUCAUUGACUUUCCUGUUGGGGUUCUGGGCCUCUGCCCUCCCUGAUCCACUUGUGCUCUGUGCAAGGGUUCUUCCUGGUCACUGAAUGUGUACCCUGCACCUGCCACUUGACAUGCACCAUUUCUACUAGUAAUCCCAUCUUGCAGAUGAGGAAACUGAGGCGUACAAAGGCAAAGUGCCUUGUUCAGGGUCUGGUGGGUGAUCUGACUCCCCAGCUCAGGCUCCUCUCACACCAGAGCACAGCCUCCUGUGAGGGUGAAAUCAAUCCUUUCAGCUACCCCUCAACCCCAGCAUGGCCUUAUGGUAAAGCAGGGAAACUAAGCUGAGUGGGUUCUGUCUGGGCCUGGGGAGGUCCCUGAAGGCAAAGAGGGAAUCUGCCCCAGCUGUUCUUCUCUGCGGGGAGGGGAAAUAGCCCUGGCAGGAGCUCCUAGCCCCUCUCAGUGCCUUGGCUGUCAGGUAUGCCUCCCUGGUGCCCACCUUGAGAGGGAGAGGCCUGAUGGGUAGGGGGAAGGAGGGCACAUCCUCAGAAAAGGAAGCUUGAACCCUGGGGUCAUCAGCCCCCCUUCCCUUCUUGUACACAAACCACCUCAGUAUAUGGGUCUCAGCACCCUGCCCCACCUACCCGUUCAUGUGUUCAAACAAUAAUAGCUAAUAUUUAUUGACAUUUGCACCAUACCAAGCAUUUUACUUGGAUUAUCUCAUUUGUUUCUCACAGCCAAUAUUUAUUAUCUGCUCUUCUGUGCCAGGCACUGUGCUCUGGGGCAGGGUACCGCACAUUGCCUCCCUGGUGGAGCUUAUGGUUGGGAGGGCAGGGCUGACCGAAGCCCACCCCUAAUGCCAGAGGGGCUGGGGCAAGAGUACAAGUGGAGGCCUCAUACCAUACGUCAACAUAUCGUAAAGCUAUAAAUCAAGCUAACAAGUGUUCAAUAAAAUGUGUUCUAUUCUCCUACUUUGACAAAUAUCUU